AUGGCUUACGUCGACCUUGAAGCGUACGAAAGAGCCGUCUUGGCUCUCUACAUUAUCGCAUUCCUCGGCUCUUUCACACUAUGUAUUCUGACCUUUGCCAAGCUCCGGGGAACGGAUGUCUAUCUCGGCAAGGCCGUUUCAUGGCUGAAAGCCACAUCUGUUGUGUUCACUUUCUCUAUCCUUCUUGAUUCCAUCGAGCGAAUAUUAUACUUCGCCUCGCGUUACGGAAGUUUCUAUACCGAUCGGAGCCCGAGCCCAUUCAUAGCUUGGACUGCUGUGCUUCUCAAUAUCUGGGCCAGAGCCAUGGUCCCGAUCCUGUUGUCGGCGGCAGGCGGUGGUAUUCACCAUGUCAUGAGCAGUGAACCGGCAGGUCGAGAACGGCUUGUCCGCUCGUUGGCACUGGUUCUGGGCGGAUUCAGCGCCGUCAUGGCCAUUCCCAUCUUCGCGGUCUUUGUCUAUGCUCACGCGGAGAGCAUGAGCAACAACCCCUAUGGUAUCGUGAUCGAGGCAGCGGAUCACAUGGUGCGCCUUCAUACCGCCCUCAACUUUAUGAUAGUUGUAGCCUCGGUGAUCGUGGCAGUCUGGUCGUUCACCAUCAAGUCUUCGCAAUGGAUUCGCUCGGUAAGAGCUCGAGUGUUUAUCUCGACUGAUACCGGAACUAACCUUCAAGCAGGUUACAAAAUUCUUCAUUGGCGCUAA